UGUGGUGCGUAAUCCAAAAGACACGUGCGUGUCCUACUACCAUUUCCAUCGCAUGACCUCGUACCUGGGUAAGUAUUCAGGCACGUGGGAUCAAUUUGCCAACCUAUUCCUGGCCGGGCACCUGGUCUACGGGGACUGGCUGUCCCAUGUGGAGGGCUAUUGGCGGUUACAGCGCCAGAACCCCCGCAAUGUACUGAUAAUAUCGUACGAAGAGCUUAAGACACGCCUACCGGAAACGAUCGCAAGGGUCGGCUAUUUUGUGGGCAAGACUUUCACGGCUGACGUCAUCGAGAAAAUGGCGAAUCACUGCUCGUUCGCUGAGAUGAGCGCCAAUCAGAUGGUGAACCGGGAGGUGUCGGUGGACACCCAGGUGUUUGAUAUGAGCGAGACUAAGUUCAUGCGUAAAGGCAUUAUCGGUGACUGGAAGUCUAUGUUUAAUGCAAAACAGUGCAAACAGUUUGAUGUCAAGUAUAACCGACGUCUCGAGGAACUGGAUAUUAAACUUGAUUAUAAUUUGUAGGGUUAUAGUGGGGUAAAAGCCCUUUAUCUGUGAGAUUUCUCG